GUGUGCGUGUGUGUGAAGAGGGUUUGCGCUUUUACGGUUGCGGUGCAUGGGUGAGCAUCGAGGGGCUGGGAUUCUGCAGCCUAAGCAUCGCGAUGCUGCGAGAGUUGCGAGACGCUGUUAGGGGAGCACGCUAGUGAGAAGCAUACACACUGAGGAGCUGCUGACACCAUGGAUGGAUGCACUGUUUAAACGGCUGUUAGGCUCGUGAAAGGCGCAUCCUGACACCAUGGUUCUGACCGCGCUGACCCAGUUUAGCUUCAAGGUUCUGGAUGAUGGGAGCAUCAGUAACACCUUCACCCAUAAAUCCCUGUUCCCAGAGGACAUGGAUCCCCUGUCAGUCAGAGGGACCCUGAGUCCUGAAGGGACCCUGUGGGUGACCGUACGACGGACCACAGAGGCGAGUGGACCAGAGCCACUGGGAGGCCCUACCUACAGCAGCGAGGCUCACCUUUGACCUUUGUGUCCUCUCGAUGACAAACGUAGCUUUCAUUUAGAUGAGUACUGAUUCCAGUGAGUGGAGGUGAUUUUAGUAGCACUGGCCUUUUUGUUCAUUCUUGUCAUUAAACAUUAUUACAUACUUGAUGUUACUGUCCACAAUUGAUUCUUGGGUUUCUUUUCAAUUGAAAUAAAACCUGAAAACACA